UUGUCGGGGCCGGCUUGACAGGCGCCGGGACCGCGGAGCCGCCUGGCCGGGAGGAGUCCCGCAUAGCCGCGGCGGGCCCCUGAGCAUGUGCAGAGCGCUCUCCGCUCACCCUUGCCUGUAGGGGUCGGCGUGGAGAUGCAGCCGCCGGGGCGGGCGGAGGUGCGCGGCGGAGACCGGCUGAGCGGGGCCGCCGCCCGGGGAGACCUGGCCGAGGUGCGGCGCCUCCUGUAUCACGAGCUGGUGCCGCCGAACUCGCCCAACCGCUUCGGCCAGACGGCGCUGCAGGUCAUGAUGUUUGGCAACAUCUUCAUAGCUCAGGAGCUUCUGAAGCAAGGGGCGAGCCCCAACAUCCAAGACAAGUCAGGCACGGCCCCUGCCCACGAUGCCGCCCGCACGGGCUUCCUCGACACCCUGAGCGUCCUGGUGGAACACGGUGCUGAUGUGAACCUACCGGACACCACGGGCUCUCUGCCCCUGCAUGUUGCCGUCCGGGAAGGACACGUCAAUAUUGUGCGCUUCCUGGCACCUCGCUCUGAUCUGCGCCACCAAGACACCGAGGGACAGACUCCGUUGGAGCUGGCACAACAGCUGGGGUUGACGGACAUCCAGAGCAUCUUGGAGCAGCAGUUCCCCAGCACUGCCUGACCUGGCCCUUUCUUGGCCGGGAGGGUUGGCCUCAGCACUGAGUCAGCCUUGAGCCCCGGAACAGAGGCGGCCUCUUCUGUCCUUCCUACCUCAUGCUCCGUGUUCCAUUACCUUUAGUGUUGUUUCUAUUUAUAUGAUGUUUGUGGGUUCUCUUCUCUUGCUUCUCAAUCCUCCCAUGCUUUUGAAUCUUCUCACUUCCCUGGCACUGAAGAUGCAUGCAGUUUGCUUUGAUCUUCUGAUUCUUCUUCUUCUUCUGAUCUCUCCUUUCUGAGGACCCUCCAGUCGUUCCCAGUAGCCUCAUAUUAGCCUUAUGUUGGCUGCCGUAAAGAGCCCUCGAGGGACCAGCCGGGUGUCUCUGCGUGGCCGGGGAUACUUCUGCUCCCACUCAGCUUUUUGAGAAGCAGUCGCCUUCUUGUACCUGUUAUUUCUCUCUUUGAUUUUUCUCCUUAUAGAUAAUAACUUUUCCAAGAUGUUGUACUUGUUUUUGGUGUGCUGGGCAGGAAUGCCAGCUGCCUUCCGUACCAGGUGAAAUCGGACAGAAGGCUUCGCCAGAUGUUGGCUGUUAUUUUGUACUCUGCAUUUACAGGGUGUGUGUGUGGCCUGACCCCGUUCCUUCACACAGUUCCAGAAUUCACUUAACACUGAACCACACAGAAUUUUAUCUCCCUAUCAUUGCUGAAGUUGUCCAUCCACUCUGUGAGCUUGUGCUAAUUUGUGGUAUCUUGUGGCCCCCGGAGUCAGAGCAACGGUUUCCCCCGUGCCUCUGACCAGCUGUUUCUGCCCACACAGGUAUUGAAAGUGUUCAGAAUAUGUUAUAUUUGAAAUGUUUUAUGCUUGAUAAUUUUUAAUCAGCUUGUUCCCUGUAAUGAAUUUGUGGAUCUGAGCUAUGUAUAUAGUAGAUUUCUAAGGAAGGAAAUUUUUAUUUUUAUUUAUUGUGAUUUGCAAAGGUUUGUUUUAUGGAAUGAUGAAUUUACUUAUUAAAAAAAACUGUGAAGUC